AUGGCCGACGGUGAAAAUCCCCUACUCAUCGACGAUAUCAGUCAGGCUGACCCGAACAAAUAUCAUCCGUCCGACGUUCUACUCUACAAGUGGUAUACCGCCGAGCAAAUACGUGGCAGCCCAAACCGUUCAGCACUCUAUGCGUCAGCUAUUAUGCGAGAGACCUCGGGGGAGGUACCACCCCGAGUGCCGUGGCCUCUUCCAUUUCCUCGUCCGCGCGAGCAAUUGGAGAUUGGUGUCGAAGAGUGGAGAGAAGCAAGUCUGCGCAUCAUUGACCAGCGUAUCGCACUCUACGACUCAAAGUCCUCCGGAAAGCGUUCCCCACUUGCGAUCCCUCCGGCCAUAUCGGACAAUAGGCAUGGCCUCCCCCAUCGCGCCUUGGCUAUCAAGGAGCUGCUUGAGCAGAUACUCCGAUACGCCACGCCAAGCACACACCUGACCUGA